AUGACCAAUUCAUCAGAAUCAGUCAAUUAUCGCUUUCCAAAUACCAUGCAGCUUGCCACAUCUCUCACCGCGGCGCUUUCUACUGCCGGAGUCGGCCCUGCCGUUGCCUUCAACCCCAGUACUGUCGUCGCCAGCUCCUCAUCUACCCCCAGCCCCUCUAUUACCCCAGCCAGUACAUCGGCCAUCGCCUCUGACAUGAGCGUCACUAUGAUCAAAACGAAGGAAGGGGAAUGCUUCCUCGAGUUCGAGAAUGUUCUCGGCUGCACCGGACGCAGCGAGCUCAUUGGCGACUAUGACGACGAAACCGGGUGCGUCCCGGCCGGGAUCGCCGAGCCUAUCGUCGGCGACAUCUGCGGCAACCACGUGACCUUUUACCCUGUGCACGACAACUACAUCUACGUCGAGCAGGCAGAUCAGAACAUGGAGGUGCAGUCCGGCGACGUAUACUACAGCAACGGUACCAACUGGAUUGGCCAUCAGCUGGGUCUUUCCCCUGGGUGCAGCUUCAGGGCUUCGGGCCAAGCUAUCGUCGGUCCGCAGGAAUGGUGUUUGCCUGAAAACGAUGGUUAUUCGAGAGUUCCGGAUGUGCCUUCGUAUCAGCCCACGAGCGCCGUAUAA